GCCCCACCCUCAAGUCCUUCUAGCCCAAAGGUGAAACCCCCCGUGGUGCCCUUCAGCGAGUUGUCACCGGGCGAGCGCACGGGUUUGCGGUGUCUCCGUGUGAUGCACUUUCUGCUCGCCCGGAGCGGUCUGUUCAUGGCCAUAUUUCUUCUCUGCCUGCUGAGUGAACGAGCGAACCGUGAAAAGCAGCCACCCAUCCACCCAUGGAUUAUUUACCUGCAUGCAGGUGUCUACCUCGUGACGUCCACCGGAAUGUCUGCUCGUCUUCUUCCCAGCGCCUCAGUUUUCGUCGCUUCCGUAUUUUACUUGCACCUGGCCUAUAUUUUCAUGUUUGAACCAAAAAUGGACUAUGUGCCAUGGCUCCGGCUGCGAGCUGCUCUCCGACUAGCUGCUUUGGCUGGCGCGAGCAUCCGCAUGCUCUCAGCAGGUAGCUUCUCUGUCGCCAAGUGGCGCGACAAGCUCGCCAACAUCCUCUCGGGCUGUGUGUGUGCCCUGCUCGGCCUCCUCUCCCUCCCCAUGACCCUCACGCACGUCGACAAGGCCGCGCAGCACCAGGAACUCUCGUCUGCCUUUCCACAAGUCUUCGUGUCAAACUUCAUCCAUUGGGUCAUUGGUGUGUCCUUUCUCCUUGCCUUCUUGGCCUACACAUUCCCGGUGCUUGUGAUCCUCCCUUCGGGGAAUUCGGAGAACCCGACCUUUUCAACGUUGGUGUCGUGGGCGGAUAGACUCACGUGCGUAGCCUGGACCCUCACCUUAGUCUGCAAAGACCUUAACUGGAGGUAUUGGCAAGCACAAGGCGUCGACUUUUGGCUGCAGAACUUGUUCCUACUGAUGGAGGUCCUCAUAAUCGUGUCCAUUAUCGUCGGUGUUAGUCUGCCUUGGCUUUCAGAAGUGGUGGUGCCGCCAGACCGAAGAAAGAAGGACAAUUAG